AUGAAAUCAAAUAGUAGCAAUCAAUCAAAGCAAAAAAGUAGCAAUAGUAAUAGUAGUAAUAGUAACAGUAAUAGUAGUAGCAGUGGCCGACUUGCAUCUUCUCCCACUUCUUCUAUCAUAACACCCUCGUUCAAUGUCGACAGUUAUUACCAGCCUAAUUGCCAGACACCAAACCAUCUCUCCAUUUUCCGUUCACCUCCUUAUGUCACUUCUGGUGAGCAUUCUAUCAAUAUAUCACCCAAGUCUCCGUCGACUGUCAGUUCACCUCCAACUAUCAACUCACCACCAACAACAACAACAGCUACUACAACAGCAGCACAAUCAAAUGACAUAUCAUCACCACAGUCACCACCUCAAACAGUUACCCAGCUAUCAAGUCCAGUCAUAAGUGCCACUACAACUACAGCAACAGCUACGACAGCAGCAUCUACUACGACUACUACGACGACUACUACUACACAGCAGCAGCAGCAGCAACAGCAACAGACACCUACUGCAACCUCCAGCGCGCAAACAGCAUAUCCAAAAGAGGUCUAUGAAUCAUCACCUGCCGUCGGAGGAUCUGGUUGCGAAGUUGGAAAAACUCAGUGCGAUGUAUGCGUUAAAGGAUCACCAAGUUGCUUGAAUUCAAAAUCAUCAUGGGCAACUAUUCUAUGGGUUGAUGCUUUAUCUCAUUCAAAAGUUUUCAAAUCUGGAAUUCAGAAAUUAGGAUGUAAUGGAUACUGGAAAUUAAAAUCAUAUACCAGUCCGUGGACGACAUUGAAACCUGCGGAUUUGGAUGAGUUUCAACCCUCGACAGACGACGAAGAUACCUCGUCUGCCGCUAGCAACAAACGUAGUCGUGACAUCGUUAACGAAGAAGACGAUGAUGAAGAACAAACAAAACGAAUGAGAGGUGAAAAUUCUAGAGAAAAUCAUCAUAAAUCAACUUCCAAUCACGGAAGUGGAAUGGUUGGUUCGCCAUCAUCUCAAAAUAAAUAUUUAUCACCACCAACGGCGGCAUCGUCCUCUUCUACCUACAGGAGUGGUCAUCGUGUACAAACAUCACAUCACAACCAAAUGGUUGUUGAUCACCACAACCAUCAACCGAGUAGCAGCAGUGGUAUGCAAUAUAAACAGGAUUCAUCCAUGUUCAACUCGGUAUGGGAUGCUAUCAUAGGGUUGACUAAAAGAUUGGAUUCGAUUGAGCAGUCCGUCUCAGAGUAUCGCAACUCGACGAAUUCAAAGCUAAACGAUAUCUAUAAUUGUAUUAGCACUGUAGUUUCUAAUUUACCACAACAACAUCAACAACAACAACAGCAGCAACAGGAUAGUCAUCACCACUUUCGUCACCCAGAAUCGCCACCUUCACACCAACAACACCCAAUCUCUUCACCAGAGUCACCACCGCAGCCAGCCUCACCACCGCAACUCUCCUUUCAUUUUCAACACCAAUACCAACAACACCUACAAUCCCACCAAUAUCAACAACAACAGCAACAACAACAGCAGCAACAACAACAACACACAAAGUACCAGAGCGGCCCAACCCAACCCAAAUCUUUCACACCUUAUUCUCAGUUUCAACAACCAUCUCCUCAAUAUCAAUCAAGACCGAAACCAUCUCCCUUCUCCGCUAAAUCAGCGCCACUCCCCAGAGUAGACAACUCAAAGCCCGAUCAAGUCAACCUGGGUGAUUGGCUGCAGCCUGUGAACACACUGACUUCUCCUGAUCUCCCAAACCUUACCACCAAACACUACAGUCCCCAAUCCACCAGAUUAACCAACCAAGAUUUUCCAACCAACCACCAACCACAACCGAAACAGACGCCACAACCCCAACACUUCCAACAUAUUAACACCAUCGCUUUAAAAUAUCAAAAGUACUCUAAUCACCAUAUUCUAAAUCAAAAUGAACUUUUGAAAUUUGAACAACGAUCAAAAUUCAAUAUUCCAAAUUCAAAUACCGACGAACCAAAUCAUCAAACCCAGCAAAUUAAAUAUAUCUUAAAUUCUUAG